CCCGUGUCGCCCCCAGAGCCGCCAUGCCAGCCGACCUCAGCGGCACCUGGAACCUGCUCAGCAGCGACAACUUCGAGGGUUACAUGUUGGCCCUAGGUAUUGAUUUUGCCACUCGUAAGAUAGCCAAGUUGCUGAAGCCACAGAAAGUGAUCGUCCAAACUGGGGACUCUUAUACCAUCCACACAUACAGCAGCCUAAGGAACUACCUUGUUAAGUUUAAAGUUGGAGAAGAGUUUGAUGAAGAUAACAAAGGACUGGAUAAUAGAAAAUGCAAGAGCUUGGUUACCUGGGACAAUGACAGACUCACCUGUGUCCAGAAGGGAGAGAAGAAGAACAGAGGCUGGACUCAUUGGCUGGAAGGGGAUGAACUCCACCUGGAAAUGUUUUGUGAAGGCCAAGUUUGCAAACAGACAUUCCAGAGAGCCUGA